AUGCGUAGCCUUAUUGAGUGGAAGGGAGAUGAAGUUGGAGUAAGAAUGUUUCCUAGGCUUGAGAAGUUGAGGAUUAAAGAGUGUCCACUGUUAAAAAGUACUCCAAGUCAAUUUGAAAUCCUGUGUGAAUUAAGUAUUGAAGGAGUUGACAGUGAAAUGCCAUUGUUGAACCUGUGCAGCAACUUGACAUCUCUUGUGCAUCUUGAUGUUUGUAACGUGAAAGAGCUCACUUGUCUUCCAGAUGAGAUUCUACGCAACAACGUUUCUCUUCAAUACCUAUCAGUCUCAUACUGCGGAGAGUUUCGUGAAUUUCCACAAAGCUUGUACAAUCUCCAUUCUCUUAAGAGAUUAAUGAUUGCCAACUGCACCAAUUUCAGUUCUUUUCCUGUUCCCAGUGGAGAUAACUAUUUGACUUCCCUCCAAUUAUUUAAGUUAUGGUUUUGUGAUGGAUUCAUCAGUUUACCAAGUGGAAUGCUAGAUCAAUGCCGGUCUCUAAAGUUUUUGAAUGUCAGCAACUGUAACAGCUUAGUUUCCUUGCCUUUACAUGUGUGUGAAAUGCCUUUACUUUCGUAUUUGAAAAUAUCACUUUGUCCCAAAUUGAAUAGUGUUCCCGCAGGGGGACUUCACUGUCUCACUGGGUUAAGGAUAUUGGACAUUGGUCCUUUCUCAGACAUGCUGGAUUUUGAGGCAUUCCAAUUGAUUUUUAAUGGCAUUCAGCAGCUGUUGUCCCUUUGUGUAUUGAUUGUGUACGGACAUUUGCACUGGAAUUCUCUGCCCUGUCAGCUCAUGCAACUCUCUGCCCUAAUAGAGAUCCAUAUAUAUGAUUUUGGAAUCGAGGCUCUUCCUCAUAUACUUGAUAGCCUUACUUCUCUUGAAGCAUUACAUCUAGAGGGGUGCAAACGGCUACAACAUCUGGACUUCUCAGAUGCCAUGCCUAAAUUACGGUAUCUGCAGAUCUGUGAUUGUUCAUUGUUAGAAGCUCUGUCGGAUUCGCUUGGCAACCUUGUUUCGUUGGAAGAGUUAAGAUUGGAGAACUGA